CCGCUCAUUAGCCCCGCCUACUCCGUCGCAUGUCGUUGACAAGUUUACCCGUGCGGUCGGUGCUGCCAGCCUGGCAUGAAGGUGGCACUCAUCCCUUUUUCUUCAAGUCUGGUUUGGCAAGUCUCUGCAAAGCAAAGCACGGAAGAAGACAGCAAUGUCGGAGGGGAGUGACUUUGAGAAGACGCUCGCCUCAAUCGGAGGCAAAGAGAGGAUCUAUUUGGUGAGCGAUGCUGCCGAAAGCAAGGACGCCACCGAGAGCGACGCCAGCGUGCUGCUCGAAUUUUUGGGCGAUUUGUUCGGCGACCGACGGCCGCUUUCCACUACCUCAGCGGGUGGCCAGAGCCACGUCUGCCACGACAAGCCUGCCCACAAUUCCAACUCAGGAGCCAAUCCUAAUGGCGCUCAGAGGACAGUCACAAGGCAAACGAGCAGCUCUAGCCGUCGGAGAGCCAUUGACUGUCCCGCCAUCGUUUUCCUAUUCAGGCAGACUUUCAUCAGCAGUGAAGUGUGCUUGAAGGAGGUCCUCAAGGACGUCCGUGCCCGUACCAAAGGAGCCAUGCCGGCUUUGAUUGGAUUAGUCCGCAUGAAUGCGGGAGAGAGCGAUGAGAACCGCCGGUGUGUGCAGCGCUUGGAGAUGCUCAUCCACAAGGUGUUUUCUCGACAUCCAGCGGACGCUGUCUGGGUGGGCUCGUUCGUCCCCGGCUCGCCGAGCAACGUCCUCGACAUCAAGAAGAACGUCUGCAGGGUCAUUGCUUGUUCCCUAACUGCAGAUAUUACCAGGGAUAGCGGGGACCAGCUUUUUUGGCCAUUCCAGUGUUUGUUCAGGUCUAAUAGAGGAGGAACCAGAGGAGCAGCCAGCAAUCCUCCAACCAGCAAGCAAAGAGGUGACUCUGGAAGUACUGAAGAAAACAUCCCUUUAAAAAACAAUUCUACAUCUGCUGUGGGGCCUAAUGAAGAAUCCAUGAGACCAGACGCCUGAAUUCAUGUGACUGAGAGCGCAACACUGUGGUCAGUAAUGGAAGGGAAGAAGCUUGUGUCAAGAGCCUUCAGGUUAUCAUCGAUGUCAAUUCCUGUUGCUCCAUGUAUCUCGAUGCUGAGCCAGACAGAACAUAUGAUACAGACUUGCCUUAUCAUGAUAUUUAAUGCUGCCUUGCACACACACGAGGAAGUACAAUCAGUUCUUGCACAAUAUUUUUUAACCAGUUGAACAAACUACUGUAACUCAUGCAUUCUGAAUUUUGUGUUGAACAUAUAUGAGCUGUAUUAUUGAAAACUGGACUUUAUAUUGGUGUAAAAAAAUACAGUACCAAGGGUGUUUUUUUUUUUUUUUUUUUUUUUAAGCCCUUGUGAGGAAAUGCCCCUUUUUUUAUUUACCUUCAUUUUUAAAAACAUGAUAUUGUGCCUUAGAUUUAUGCUUUUGACAACUCUAAUAGUAGAGAAAUGAGCUCUAACAUUGUAUGUAUUUAUUAGGUUUAUGGAUUGUCCAUCACAUACUU